UACUUCCUAAUGUCGCUACGAGGUUGUUCUGAAGACCUAGAUCAAAUUCAAGGAGGUUUUUUUCAAGAAUAGACCGGGUUGACUUAUUGAGCUUGGUUUUUCACCGGUUGUGGUGCAACAUUCGCAACACAUCAAAAAUUUCGAAUUCACAAACGCGACAAACCAUCAAACCUGCUCAGAAUGUGACCAGAUGGUACACGCAAGUUCUGCUCACCGUCGCCCACCCUGUUGGCAUUAAAUCUAUACCAUCAACAGAUCACAUCACAGAUAAUACGCUGGCCAGACUGUACAUGUAUGUAUAAAAGCAUGGACCUCCUGGCUUAAGACCCCAGUUACGUUCCUGUGGGACUAACCCUCUACACCUUUUCUUUCUUUCUUUCCCUUCUCUCUUUCGUUUUCUGCGUUUCGAGUUGUGCUCGGUCACAACUUCUUUCGUUUCAUUCUCGUUCCUUUGAAUCCACGAUCAGAGAUCAUGGUCAACGCUCUUUCGUUACGUUUGCUGGCUCUCUUGCCUUUCGUCACUCUCUCAGUUCUCGCGGAGAACGACUGGAAAACUCCUUGCUUGAACGGUGUUUGUCAAUACUCCUUCAAUGGAGACGGCUCGGGUGCUAUCAAAGUCUGGGGUUCACCGGACGCCCUUACUGAUAUUACGCCCGCUGCUGGCUGGGAGAUCCUGGACUGCUCUCCUGAUGCUUUGGCUCAGGAUAUUCGACUCGUAUGUCAGGGUGACGAGGACUCGGCCGAGUCUGGAUGUGCACAUCUUUACCAGACCAUCGGAGCUGAGGGGAAGGUUGUUCGACUUCCAGAAAGCUGCGGAAAGAGCGCUUUCGCCCGCAUCUCCAAAGCAUGGGUACCAGAAGAUCAGUCUAUACCUGCAAGUCUCGCGAAGCGCCUCGUCAGGAGAGAUGGAGCACCACCUGUCGUGAAGGCCCUGCGUAUAGAUACCGAUUUCGGUGCAGCCGACAAGUGGAAGAAAGUUGGACCCGUGAACAUCGCUGUCCAAGCAGCCAACUACCCUGGCGCCGAUAUCACUGGCGCCAUGGACACAGUCGGACCUCAACGUCGUGCCCAACUUUCCCGACGCGAUACAGACGUAUUCAUCGAGAGGGCGCUCCAAGCUAUCCGUCCAAUGGCGGUCAUGGGUAGAGCAGGUGAAGUUCGACACAUCGUUACUGGUCGAGCCGAAAAGGAUGUCAACGUCAACAAGACUUUCGAGCUCCCUCCCAUCAGCUUGACCAAGACCAAAAGUCUCUUUGACAAGAGCUUUAAAUGCCCACCUACUGAGGCUGGUCUCUCGGUCACCGUCGAUAGCAAAGGCACUGCUACAGUCAGCCUCGGUGUCGUUGCCAUCGGAACUGUGGUACCCCCCAAGUUUGACAACUUUGAACUCACAGCAGGUUUGGAUGCGGAACUUGAUGGUAGCAUGACGGUAAAGACGAACGUAGUGGGAAAACUCGACACGGGAAGGAUCCCGAUAUUCGAAGUCGGUAUUCCCGGAGCCAGUAUUCCUGGUAUCCUCACCAUCGGUCCUUCUUUCCAAAUACAGGCUCAGGCCACGGCUCAGCUUGAGGUCGCACUGGAAACGACUGUCGGUUUGAACUUCAAAGUCCAAAAGGCAACACUUAGUUUUCCCGACAAGAAAAAGAAGUCCGGUGGAAACUUUAAAGUUGGCGAUACCCCCUUGACUCUUUCCGCGGGUACAAGCCUCCAACUCAACGGAGUUGUAGAAGGCCAUAUCGUUCCUACACUCAAUGUCGGUCUCAACGCCUUUGGCAACGCCGCCCGAGCCGGCGUUUUCCUCGAAGUCGACACCCAUGCGAGUUUGAACCUGAAAUCUGACGUUUCGGCAAAGGUCCAAAGUAAAGAGACUGUCAAAACCUCCGCUGGUGCCUGUGCCGAAGUGAACACUGGAAUAUCAGUCGACGCUGGUGCAACAGCGAGCUUUUUCCAGAUCUUCUCCAAGUCCACAAAGUUGAACUUGUUUACGAAAGAUUUCAAUCUUUUCAGUAAAUGCGUCGGAACCAAGGACACUCCUCCACCUGUACCUGCGAAAGACACUCCUGCGAAACCUCCACCUGUACCUCCAAAGGACACUCCUGCGAAACCUCCACCUGUACCUGCGAAGGACACCAAGGCCACUCCUCCUAAAGCUGCAUCUGUACCUGCAAAGGCGAAACCGGUCACUCCUCCGAAAACUGCACCUGCACCUGCAAAGGCCGGUACUCCGAAAACUGCACCUGCACCUGCAAAGGCCGGUACUCCGAAAACUGCACCUGCCGCACCUGCGAAAGCUCCUGCAAAGGCCGGUACUUCGAAAGCUGCACCUGCCGCACCUGCGAAAGCCAAGCCGGUCACUCCUGCAAAAGCACCUGCAAAGGCCGGUACGUCGAAAGCUGCACCCGCCGCACCUGCGAAAGCCAAGCCGGCCACUCCUGCGAAAGCUGCGCCUGCAAAGGCCAAAGCUCCUGCUCGUCGCUCCAGGAUCAUGGGCAGAGAAGAGACGACUGCCAGAGAAGAAGAAGCUGACAGAGAAGAAGAGACUCCCGUUCCUUCUGCAGCGCCAGUUGAAAAGAGAGCAGGAGCAGUGGUCGAGGCUCUCAAAUGUCUCGCCAACAACAUCGCGCCGACUCUCUUCACCUCGGGCACGAUUGCCGCAUCUGAGAUCCAGGCAGUUUAAUUUUAACGAGAGCUAUAUCAUGUUCAUUUUUCGAUACGAGCGAGUGUAUUUAUUUAGUAGAACGAAAUGAACGAGAUGAUUGCUUCUUGUUCGUCCGGAAUGGUUGACGAACAGGGAGAAGGUGUACUAGAACGUUUGAUAGCUGGCCACGUUUUGUGGUUUGAUUGAGCCCUCAAAAACGUGCGUUACUGUUGAAAUGGCU